AUGUCUGUCCCCGGUAUGGAAAAUGACUUUCAGCUGUUCUCUUCUCGUCGACAUUCUGGCGGGGGAGAUUCUCGAUUCCAACAACAGCCCAGCGAGAAUCACAACCAAGACUGGACGCAAUGGAUGCGGUGGGAUGAGCCGAUGUUCAACGAGAGUGACCAGAAGCAUGUCGACCGCUCCAUGGAUCUCCCAUUCGUCUCCCCACACACCAGUAUGAGCUCAUCUCCCAAUCAACUUCAACAUACAGAUUUCUCUCCGCAACUUCCGCUGGGGUUAAUGGAAAUUCCGUCCGAUCAUACUCAGCAACGGGGCUCGAUAGUGUCAAACUACCAGGGCUCAACCGGCCUGGUCUCCCCCAUUUCUAGUGUGGGGGUUAGCCGUAAGCGAAAGACAGGUAGCGACGAUGAUGCUACCACUGUGACUGGUCCUAUUCAGCCGGGCAAGAAGAUGCCGGCGAAGAAGCGGGCGCACAACGUCAUCGAAAAGCGAUACCGGGCGAACCUGAAUGAGAAAAUCGCCGAACUACGCGACAGUGUGCCUAGUUUACGAACAACGAAGAAUACCAACGGUGAAUCCAACGAAGAUGAAGAGGAUGGGGAGGGUGCUCAGUCUGCAAGCAAGCUGAACAAGGCUUCUAUUUUGUCAAAGGCAACCGAGUACAUCAAACAUUUGGAGAUUCGCAACCAGAGAUUGGAGGACGAGAAUACCGCCCUUAAGAACCGUCUUCGUCAGGUCGAUAAAGCAGCCGACCAAGCUGUUACCUCGUCCGCCUCCGUGUCUUCUCCUAGCAAUUAUGGUGCUUCCAGCGAUUCAAAUGCGGGGACAUCGCCAAGUGUGUUCUCCCAGCCCGAGGAACUCGAUGGUAGUUCCCCCGUCUCGUCCUCAUCACAUCCCCCGGAGGGCCUUAUCAAGGUUCCCGAUGCAUUUAAGCGAAUGCGUGAGGAGGGUAAGAAGGGAAUAUUCGCAGAGUCAUAUAUGAAGUCCUCUCCUCGGGCUACUGGUGGCUCUGACUAUGGCCGCGAGGAUGGAUCCCGCAGACGGUCUAAGCUGCCCAACAAGUAUAUGCUGGGUGCUCUAGCUGGGCUGAUGGUGCUCGAGGGCUUUGGUUCAGAUGAAAGCGAGACUGAGGCGAAAGGCUUGUUUGCUCUUCCUUUGAACCUACUCCGUCGGUUGCAGUCCCCCAGUCUAGCUCACUGGGAGUACUACCUCACAAACUUCUGGCAUUCCUGGCAUGCACGAGCUAUUUCUCAUUUCCUUGUUCUGGCUACUCUGGUUGUCGGAAGUGCGUUUAUUGUUUUCGUUUACCUUUUCAACGCUCAACCAGCCACACAACGUGCCUCGCCAAAGCAAGUCAGUGAGACCCAAAAUGGCGCUCCCACCUCCAGCGACUUUAGGCGGCAGGCUUGGCUUACCAGCAUGCAACGAGUCGGUGUGCCACGCCACCGCUUCUUUCGUGAAUGGUACGUAGUGACGUCUCGCUGCUUUGAAUAUGUUCUUCGAUGCUUGAUGGGAUGGAAAAUCUACUCUUGGGUUACGGGUAUCACCGAGGAGGACGAGAGAGGCCGAGUGAAGACAUGGGAUAUUGCCAUUGAUGCCCAGCUUACUGGAGGUGAUGCUGAGAUUACCAAGAGUCGCUUGGUUCUCACAAUAUUUGCAGCAGGUACACUUCCUAGCAGCCCCAUGCGGAUGAUGCUGAAAGCGCUGCAUGUGCGUAUUCUGAUGUGGAGAGUUGGAGAGCCUGGCUCUUGGACCUUCCAUGUCUCUAAUGAUAUUGCUCGUGCUCUUGCGAACUAUCAGUGGGGCGUCGCGAGAGAAAUUAACAACGCACUUCCGGAGGGCCAUCCUGAUCAGGUUCCAAGCCAUCUUUCUGAGCUACUUAAGCUUGAAUGUGAAGAUGUCAUGAUCGAUGCUAUUAUUCAGCGCGCCGUGAACCUCACAUGGAAUCGGCCAACCCAGGAGGGUACUGGAGAUGAUGAAGUGCUUCUUGACGUUGUUGAGGAGGACCCUGCCAUCCAAUGUUCUGUCGAUGCUCUUGCAGCCUGGUGGUCCAGUCACCUUCUCCAGACUGCCCUCCUUAAAUACAUGGAAGCUAGUGAGGGGGGCCCCGUGUCCAAGGCAAGCCGUGACUCUUUCAAGGAGAAGAUCCGCAUGGCCCUUGAGGUUGCUCCCCGACUUUCGGCUGCUUACACCCGCGCCCUUGUGAUGAAGGCAGUCUUCUUCGACCAAGAUCGUAUCAAGAAUGUAGGCGCCGUUCUAGCUACUCUUCCCAAAGAUAAGCGCAAGGGCGAAUGGAGCCGGGCUGCCAACUUCCUCGACUCUUCACUCCCUAUAUCGGUUCGGGACGAGAUCUCCAUUGCUGUUCGCUGCGCUAUGAUCGCUGCUAUUAUCACCGCUCGAUCUGCUGGUGACACUUCUCUCCCCGAAUCGUUCACCAUUCAAAAGGCAAUCAACAUGUUCAAUCAGCUGCCAAUAGACCCCGUUGAGCUAAGCCUGCUUGGGUUCUCCGCAGUGUACCACUUGCUGCAUCUGUUGGCAUCCGACGUCGACUAUAUCGUGUCUUCUGAUUCGUCCUCGCCUUCUUCGCCUGUAUCCGAGGCUGGAUCCUCUGCAGACGACGAAGCCGACGAAAAGCCCAGAAUCCCUCGCAAACUCGCUGUCUGCCCGCGUGAUAUUCCCAAUGUCGGUCGGGUAGCCGCGGAACUCAUCUACUGGUCCCGGAAUGCAUACAACCCGGCUUUCUACGGCUUCUCCUCCAGCCUUGUGGACGUCAUCGUCAAGUCCUGCACCACCGUUUGCGAAAAUGCUGGCGUCAAGGUGGACGACUAUCUACAGACUCCACCCGAACCCAUCCCUUCUCGGAAGCGAAAGUUCCGUCGUCGCCGAAAUGGCUCUGACCAGUCCUUGCAGAGUGAUGCGGACCAAGAUUCGGUUGAGACCCGCAUGGGAAAUCCGCUACGUCGGGAACGCUCAGCAAGCAAUGAUACCGGGUAUGGAAGUCUCAGCCUCGAAGAGGAUGCGCAAUCUAUUCCUAGGGUUCCUGAAAAAGUUCAGGAAGUCUCAGCUUAA